AUCAAAGAGUGCACGUGUGAGGUGUGUUUGUUAGGUACCUAAUAUGUUAUGAUCGAGAAAUUGUGAAUUUCAAUACAAUUAUAAUAAAGAUUAAGGAGUAAAAUGUCUCGACUUAUCAUAAAAAAUUUACCGAACAAGGUGACUGCUGAAGGUCUGAAAGAAAUUUUCAGUCAAAAGGGAGAAGUAACAGACGUUCAGUUGAAAUAUACGAAAGAUGGCAAAUUUAGAAACUUCGCCUUUGUUGGUUACAAAACUGAUGAGCAAGCUGCAGAAGCUCUUAACUAUUUCAAUGGAACUUGCAUUAGAUCUAUGAAAAUCGACGUUCAAGUUUGUGCUAAUUUAGGUGAUGAGAAAAAACCUAGAGCAUGGAGCAAAUAUGCACCUGAUAGCACAGCAUACAAAAAGCUACAUAAAAAUGAAUCAGAAGUAAAAACAAAUAAAAAAGAGAGAAAAAUUGAGAAAAAUAAAAACAAAAUUAAAGAAUUGUUGAAAAAGCACAAGGAUGAUCCAUUAUUUGCAGAGUUCAUAGAAGCACAUGUAAACGAUAACACUACAUGGAUCAAGGAUGCCUUUGAGAAAGCUGUCAAUAACGAUGAGGAAGAUAGUGGAGUUGAUGAUGAAACAACCGGAAAAGAUUCUAGUAUAGGAAGGUCUGAAACAUAUAGUAAGGAAACAGAUGAGAAACUUGUACAAGAAGAGAAGGUAGCCAAUAAACAGAUUAGUGAUUUAGAAUACAUGAAGCUGUUGAUGAAAAGAGUUGGUAGUACAGGAGAAACAAAAACCACUAAAGUUGAUGAACCAAAGAAAAUAAGACAUCGAGAACUGUUCCAUGUUAAAGUAAAUGGACUGCCUUUUGCAUGCAAGAAAAAAGACAUAAAAGAAUUUUUCAGACCACUUGUUCCAUAUUCAAUACGACUUCCUAUGGGAAAAGGAAAGAAAUUAGCAGGAUUUUGUUAUGUUGGAUUUAGGACAGACAAAGAGUUGAAGAAAGCUUUAGGGAAAGACAAAUUAUUUAUUGGUAAAAAUCGUGUUCACAUACACCAGUAUGAGGAUAAAGCAAAAAAAAAUGCUGAAGAAGAGGAAGAAAAGGUUCAAAAGAAAAAACAAGAGCAAGAAAGCAAUGAAGAAAGUAUUGGAGAAAGUGGUUGCAUUUUUGUUAGAAAUCUUCCUUAUAUAGUAUCAGAAGCGGAACUCACAGCCCUCUUUGAAAAAUAUGGUCCUAUUACUGAGGUGAACAUGCCGAUCGACCCCGUGCUCCGGCAAGCGAAGGGCUUCGCCACGGUCACGUUCAUGAUGCCCGACCACGCGGUGAACGCGUACUCUCAACUGGACGGAACCAGUUUCUGCGGCAGGAUGUUGCAUCUGCUGCCUGGGAGGACUGAGAAACUGGACCAGGACAGCGAUGAUGAGGGUCUGACGUUCAAAGAGAAGAAGGCGAAGAAGCUGAAGGCGCAAGCGAAGUCUUCUCAUAACUGGAACGUUUUGUUCCUGGGCGCCAACGCCGUCGCGGACGUGGUUGCCUCCACAUACAACACAACUAAAGAACAACUGCUCAAUGAUAAUAACAAAAAUACAAGCGCGGCCGUUAGAUUGGCUCUCGGAGAGACUCAGUUGGUUGCGGAAACUAGAAACUUCUUAGAAAGCAAUGGAGUAUAUUUAGAUGCCUUUAACAAGCCAGCAAAUAGAAGAUCAAAAACAUGUAUAAUUGUUAAGAAUUUACCUUCGAACACGGAAAAAGAUGAAAUAAAGCCGAUAUUCGAAAAACAUGGGCACUUGGCGCGGUUUUUGAUGCCAAAACAUGGUAUCACCGCUCUAGUUGACUUCAUCGAACCAUUUGAAGCAAAGAAAGCUUUUAGUAAAUUAGCUUAUUCUCAGUUUAAAACUGCGCCAUUAUAUUUAGAAUGGGCACCUGAAAAUGUUUUUAUUAAAUCGAAAGAAAAAGUAAUGGAUACGAAAGAAAGUGAGGAAAUAGAAACUAAAACUUCCGAACAAACUGAAAUGAAAUCAGAAACCAAUAUUAAAGAAGACAAAGAAACAAAUAUAAAUAAGUCAGUCAGUGAACUAGUGGAGGAAGAGGAAACGCCAGAAAAUGAUACAACCUUGUUUGUUAAAAAUCUCAACUUCAUAACCACUGACGACAGUUUGAGAGUACAUUUUUCGAGUUGCGGCAAAGUUUUCAGCGCCACAAUAGCAAAAAAGAAAGAUCCAAAAAAUCCGGGCCAGUUACUGUCGAUGGGGUAUGGGUUCGUGCAAUUUUACAGAAAGCAGGCAGCGAAUGAAGCACUCAAAUCAUUGCAGAGUUCUACUUUAGAGGGAAAGACCUUGGAACUGAAGCGAUCGGAACGUGCUAACUCGAAUGAAGUGAAAACUUCUAAGAAGACCAAUAACAAAACGACAGCACAGAAUGGCACAAAAAUAUUGGUGCGCAAUGUGCCCUUCCAGGCGAACCGUAAUGAAUUACAUGAAAUAUUCAGAGCUUUCGGUGAAAUAAAAACUUUGAGAAUACCUAAGAAGCUGACUCCAGGCUCCGAUCAACAUCGUGGUUUUGCAUUCAUAGACUACUAUUCUAAAGCUGAUGCCAAGAGUGCAUUUGACGCGCUAUGUCAAUCCACCCAUCUCUACGGACGACGGUUAGUGCUGGAAUGGGCUGACCAAACGGACGAAAAUGAAGAUGUAAGUGCCCUUAGGAAGCGAACGGCUCAGAACUUCAACGCUAAGUCUCCAGGCGGCAAGAAGUCCAGGAAGGGUGCGGUUGAUGUAGACACCUUUGUAGAAGGUGACAAUAAAAUGUGAAUUAAUUUCAA